AUGGACCACAUACCGUCACUGCCCGCGUCAAACAAAGGAAACACGGAGCUGUUAAUCUGGAUCGACCUGUUUACGGGCUUCGUCAUCGUGAAGGCAAGUGCGUCCCGGACUGCGCAGACGGUAGCUGAGUCGUGUGAGGAGGCGGUCUUCAGACGAUUCGGGGCUAGUGAAGCCAUUCGCCACGACCGAGAGCCGGGCUUCAUGUCCGAUUUCUUCAAGGCCUUCAACAAACUCAUGGGUCAACGACAACGAGCGACUCUCGCGUAUCGCCCACAAGCAAACGGGGCGGCGGAGCGCAUGGUGCAGACGAUCACGAGGGCCAUCAAGAUGUACACCGCGGACAACGACCAGCGCGACUGGACGAGUACGCAGAACGGCCCACCUACGCCCUGA